AGCCGGAAAAGAGUGGGAAAAUGUGAUAAUUAACAAUGUGAUGCUUCGUUAUGAACAUAAGCAUUUUUAUUCGUCAUACUCACCAAGCCAGAGUCGUAAUAAAGAACUGAUGGCGGACCUGAGAGGUGCACUAAGAGAUCCCAGAGGGUUUUGAAGCUCGCAGGAGGAUGGGACAAUUAUUUAUCUGUAGUGAAUCUGCUAAAAGCCCCUCAAAGAGCUGGAGGUGUGGUCUAACACACGCCUGACACACAUAGACCCACCUCCAAAAAAAAUGAUCCUUGGAUUCAAUUAUUACAUUUUUAUACUUUAUUUGCAUUUUGUUUGUUUUAUAUUAAAACGGGUGUCUGAAAAAGAAACCAAAGAAAUCAGAGAAACUUAAGAAAUCAGAGAAAAUGAUGAUUUCUUUGACCAAUCACCUUAUUUUGUUAUGGUGCACAUUUGUAUUCAGCCCCUUUUGCUCUGGACUCAUAAUUGAAAUCCAUUUUUUUUUAAAAGCCUUCAGAAGUCACAAGAUUAGCAACAAAAAAAAAAAAGUCAAUCUGUGUAUAACAUUAUAUAAGUUUUGAAAAAAGUUUUUCUGCAAACGUAGAUGUUUGUAAUCAUCUAAGAAAGCAAGAAAGUUGCCCAUGAAGCCCAGGAGGAAAUGUGGCUUUCAUGGACGAGUGACAAAAAGACGGAACUCAAGUAUGUGGAAAACACUUCUCCAGCCAGAGACCAGAUUGUUAUUUUAUGACCUACAUGUACAGGAAAAGUAACCUUGUGUGUAACUCUACGUGCACAAUCGCAAUGGUGAAACAUGGCGAUGGCAGCAUCUUUCUGUGGGGAGACUUUAUUCUGUAAGGGAGAGAGCUUGCAUCUAUAAGCUUAUUGUUGAUGCAAAGAUGACUGGAGCUAAAUAGUGACUGGUGAAGGUUGAUGCAUCAAAUUGUUCGGAUCUGUGAACUGUAUUGAGUAGAUAUAGUUUUUAACUCAACCAUCAAGUACAAUAAGAUAUUUUACUCUGACAGAAGGAAAGCAACUAAAAUCAUUUUAAUAUAAAUAUAAGUGUGGUGUUCCACAAGGCCCAGCGCUUGGGCUGCUGUUGUUUCUAUUAUCCAAUGUACAUUUUCCUUCUACCAACAGAUUUGGUGAUUCUUAAACCAAACCUAACUAUUAACUGCUAUGUUAAAAUCAUAACUGGGAUAAAAACACAGGAGCAGGAAUGCCGAUCUUGGUAUAAAAAGAUGGUUCCGUCUGAGGUGGGGUGCGAUUGAUAUCUACUCCCGUACCGCCCGCUCUGUGCUGCGGUCCCUCCACUCCUGGGCGAGCUGCGGUGGUCCCUCCCCGUGGGAGCGCCGCUGUGCUGCGGGGGCGUGAGGUACAGCUCGCUUCCUUCUCCCCGUUUCCUUCAGCUUCCACAAACAGGGCAAUAAAGGUGGUCUCCUGCAACCGAGAUGCUGUCACGGUCCCCGUGUGUUUACCGCACGCUGAGUCGGUCCCUGUCAGCGGCGAGCCAGGUUUAUAAUUUGGGUAUUCAACAAAGUUUAUCGGGUCACUCAAUCUGCAGCCAAUUCGUUUACAGGAAAUCUCAGCUGCGUAGAUAUCUGGCCCCAUCAAAUGCAUUCCUCUGCAGGUACUUUAGGACGUCUGCCGUUUGCAACGACGAAUUGGUCACAGUCAACACGCCUCCAUUCGCCGAGUCAGUCACAGAGGGCGAUGUAAGGUGGGAAAAAGCGGUGGGUGAUUCGGUAGCAGACGACGAAGUGGUGUGUGAAGUCGAGACCGACAAGACGUCAAUUCAAGUCCCAACUCCUGCAGCUGGUGUGAUCGAGGAGCUGCUGAUCCCUGAUGGAGGGAGGGUGGAAGCAGGAACUCCGCUGUUCAGACUACGGAAAGGAGCUGCUCCAGCUGCCAAAGCUGCUCCUUCUGCAGCUACAGAGGACAUCCCUCCACCUCAGCCGUCCACUUCUGCUCCACUGCCACCACCGCCUGCUCCAUCCCCGCCUGUUUCUGUUGCCAAACCCAGUCCUGCACCACCCGCUCCUCCAGCAGCAGGAGUCAGAGGAGAAAACAGGGUGAGGAUGAGCCGAAUGAGGCUGAGGAUUGCUGAGAGACUGAAGGAAGCUCAGAACACCUGCGCCAUGCUGAGCACCUUCAACGAAAUAGACAUGAGUAACGUCAAUGAAAUGAGGAAACUCUACAAGGAGGCGUUCCUGACGAAGCACAACGUCAAACUGGGUUUUAUGUCUGCUUUUGCUAAGGCGGCUUCACAUGCUCUGAUGGAUCAACCCGCCGUCAACGCUGUUAUUGAUGAAGCGACCAAAGAGAUCAUCUACAGGGACUAUGUGGACAUCAGCAUCGCUGUGGCAACUCCAAAGGGACUUGUAGUGCCGGUGCUACGAAAUGUGGAGUCCAUGAACUACGCUGAGAUCGAGAAAACCAUAAAUGCUCUGGGAGAAAAGGCUCGUAAAAACGAGCUUGCGGUUGAAGAUAUGGAUGGAGGAACGUUCACCAUCAGCAACGGCGGCGUGUUUGGCUCCUUGUUCGGCACACCCAUCAUCAACCCCCCUCAGUCGGCCAUCCUCGGCAUGCACGGCGUCUUCGACAGACCUGUGGCCAUCAAUGGACAGGUCGAGGUCCGACCCAUGAUGCACGUGGCGCUGACGUACGACCAUCGGCUCAUCGACGGCAGAGAAGCGGUCACCUUCUUGCGCAAGAUCAAAGCGGUGGUAGAAGAUCCUCGGCUGCUGCUGCUGGACAUGUGACUUUGCAAACGCCUCGUUACUCUCUAAAAAUACUCGACUGCACCAGACGAACCCAUCAAAACCAAGAAACACCCACAUCAGCCCGCACAGCUGCUUCUAUGUUAAUAUUAAAACCUCCUAUAAUUUUGACAUAUGAGGCUGGAGAAUGUCUCACAUUUAUCCUGCCGUAACACACAAACUGGCGGACGGUAAGGGAGAUAAUAGUAAUAGAAAAACAAUGUCCAGAGCUCACAAUACAAACAAAUUUUUAAAAAACUCCUGCAAAAGUUGCAACUUGUGUCUCCGUAGCAACCAUUUAUUUUAAUGGAUUUGGAGAAAUCUUUACUAGUUUUAUUUUUAUUACAAAAAAUUUUUUAAAAAUCAUAAAAAUUUACAUUUGCAGACCACAUCUGUCUGCAAAUAUGAAUUUGCAUACUUGGCUGCAAAUUUAUAUUCUGGUAACAAUCUUUUUUUUUUUUUUUUUUUUCCUUCAUAAAGACUUGGAAGCAUUAUGGCGGCAAAAAUGAAAACACGCACCUCGGUUAGCAAGCGCCUCAUUCGUCAAUCUUUGCAGAAACAUUUUAUCUCGUGCCAAAUCCGUCCCGCUCCUCCAGUUCUGAUCAGGCGGAUGAGCCGUGUGCCAAAACCGUGGAUCUUCAAAGCCCCAUCGGGCCGCACGCCGCCCCCCACACCCCACCCCCACCCCACACCUCACCUCCCCCGACUCUUGAGAUGCUUCGAAUAAUGGGAUCAUCUCUGACAAAGUCUUGAGGGUUGCUUGGCCUUUUCUCCCACUUCACAAACACAAGCUCAAGUGUGUGCAGCUGGGUACGAUGCCUCUUCAGGGUUUCAUGUUUACUUUAAUAAUCGCGAGAAGGGGGUGACAAUAGCUCCUAAUGUACGUCUUUGUUUCUCUGCCAGAACCUACACAAAUGUCUGAACAACUCCGUUUGGAGGGAAAACACAGAAUUCAUUACGAGACAAAAAAAAACA